AUUCAUUUAAUUUGAUUAAUAUAUUAUUUAAAUUUAAUAUUAAAUUUGUAUUAUAUUUUUAAUAAAAUGAUUAACAGUGAUUCAAAAUUGAGCGAAGAAUCUCAUGAAAAUGAGACUAGUGAGAAUGUAGUAGAGGAGGUCGUUGACAAGGACCCUUAUAAACUAAAAAAUGCCGAUUAUUUGAAACCUUCCAGUAAAUAUAAAUAUAAACAAAAGAUUCUGGUCUUUGGAAACAAAAGCAUAUCGCAACUGGGAAGAAACCUACUGAGGGACUUAAAAUCACUCCUUCCUCAUCAUAAACCUGAGUCUAAAUGGGAUAGUAAAGCUGGAUAUAAGGAGAUAAAUGAAUUAUGUGACCUGAACAAUUGCACUGGAGCUUUGUACCUGGAAUCCAGAAAAAAUGAGAUGAUUCUGUGGAUGGCAAAGACGCCUAACGGUCCAACUCUGAAAUCAAGAGUUACAAACAUCCACACACUUAAGGAUUCUAAGUUUACUGGAAACUGUUUGGCAAGGUCAAGACCUUUGUUAACAUUUGACAAGUCAUUUAGUGAUGAACCUUACCUUAAAUUGGUCCAAAAGUUAAUUUCUCAGAUAUUUGGUACGCCUAACCAACAUCCCAAGAGCAUGCCAUUCCACGACCACUGUUUAUCAUUUUUUUAUCUUGAUAACAGAAUACACUUGAGACACUAUCAAAUAACACCUAAGAAUGAGUUUUCCGUAAAUUCUCCCGAUAAUCAACUACUGGUUGAGAUAGGCCCUCAGUUUGUUCUAGAACCGAUUUUGAUUCUAGACGGAAGCUUUUCUGGCAUUACCCUUUGGCGUAACUCCAAAUAUAUAUCUCCAUUAAUGGUAAAGAGGUAUGAACGUGAUAUGAAGUUGAAGAAGAGGAGGAUUUCUAACAAAAAGAAGGAGGAUGAUAUAGAUUUGCCAGAAGAUGAAUUAUCAAUAUCUAAUGUGUUUUCCAACCCUGAUCAGGAGUAACCUACAACAUGACUUAAUAUAUACAAUUUUGUAAAUAUAGUUCAAAUUUA